AUGUCGUCAAGUUCUAAAGUUUACUGUUGUGUUCCCCUUUGCAACCAAAGGGGCCGCGUAGAUCCGCGAGGAAACAGAGUGGGAUUUUUUACUUUUCCGAAGGAUCCAAACAUUCGCAAGCAAUGGCUACAGAAAAUCCGAAGAGAUGUUGGCCCUAACUUUUCAUUAACGAAAGAUACCAAGAUCUGCUCGUUACAUUUUCGUGAAGAAGAAAUAAAAACAGGCAUUUCCGGCCAAAAAAUGGAAUUGGUGAAGGGCACAAUUCCUUCAAGGUUUGCGUGGCGUACUUCUCCACGGAAAAGACAUCCGCCAUUAGACAGAAGUCAAAUACCUGAAAAAAGGAAGCAAAUGGAGGAUCUAUCUACAUGCAACGAGAAUGGAUGUGCAGUUGAAGACCUACACAGUGUACCGGUAGCUAGCACGAGCACAGUAGACAGCAGCAGUCUUUCAGAGGAUGAUAUGAUUUCAAACAACCUCGAAACUUCUCACCAUGAAAUUCAAGAAGAGUCACUCGAAUCAUUGAAAAUGCAGCUGCUACAUGCCCAGAAAGAGAUUGCUUGUUUAAAUGAAGAUUUAUCAAAUUUGAAAUCACGCUUAGCUAAAACUGAAGCUGAACUGGUGAAUUCAGAAAAGGAACUCAAGCGUCUAUCGCAGGAAAACAAUGACCUAAAAUCACGUACGUUUUGCAUACACAAUCUGUCAGACAACGAUUCUAUUUCAUUUUACACUGGUUUCCCAAACUUAGAGACGUUCAAAGCAACGCUUUCAUAUCUGAAUCCAGGAGAAAAUGGUGAAAAUAUUCGAUACUGGCGUUCAAUUGAUGUGAAGGUAGACGACGAAAGGAAAAGUAAACAAAGGGAUUGUAACAAACCUGGGCGAAGAAGAACUCUUCAGCCAGAGGAAGCGUUUUUUCUGGUGUUGUGUCGAUUGAGACAGGGAUUUAACGAGAAACAUUUAGCAUUUUUAUUUGGCAUUUCUCAGCCGACAGUUAGCAGAAUUUUUGUUUCCUGGAUUAACUUUAUGUUUUUUCGUUUUGGCAAUAUAAACAUUUGGCCUAGCCGGGAGGAAAUUAACAAAACUAUGCCUGAAGAUUUCAAAGUUAAAUAUCCAAAGUUGCGUGUCAUCCUAGACUGUACAGAAAUAAAAUGUAAAAUGCCAAGCAGCCUGCUUCUUAACAGCAGAUUAUUUAGUUCCUACUAGAACCACACUACACUCAAAGGGCUUAUUGGGAUUGCCCCUUCAGGAGCAAUAACAUUUACAAGCCAGCUGUAUACCAGCGGCAUUUCAGACCGGGAAAUUGUAGAAAGAAAUGGUAUCCUGGACUUACCCUUCAGCAAGGGUGAUGAUAUAAUGGCAGACAAAGGUUUUACAAUCGAGGACUUGCUUCCUCUGGGUGUUACAUUAAAUAUACCUCCAUUUCUUGGCCAAGCACCUCAGAUGUUGCCAGAGGAUGUGGUUAAAACACAAGUAAUUGCAGCAUUACAAAUCCAUGUGGAGAGA